AUGAAUCGCAAGGAUGAUCAAUCGGCGGAUUCCGUGUUUGGCCAAACACCGGCUUUCUCCUUGACUGAUCCCGGAGUCGAUCCAGCUGUGAUUGAGUACCUUAGUUGUGUUCGACAGGAAGCCUUGAGGACUAAUGUCAUCAAGAGAUCAGAACUCAAGCGCCACACGGCUGAUAUAUAUGACGACGAUGACGAAGUUAUUGUCAAGAAGCCAAAAGCACACAAAGAUUUGCCCGUUCGUUUGAAGUAUGUCGAUUCGCACUUACUUGUGGGUGUUCAAUGGUUUGAGACCGUUAAGAGGGCCGUUCUAGACAGUAGAACGGUCUACCAGAACCAUACAGAAGAAUCUCUCAAUUUACUAUUGCACUUCCUAAGGGAAUAUCUCAGUGGAAAAUUGGAAGGCGAUGGGCAAGCAUCGCACAUUCUUGAUGUUUUGCAAGAACUACCACCAAAAGUUGGAGAUGGAAACGACGAUUAUGAAUUGGAUGAGGAGUGGGCUGAAUCUGUGGUCAAGAAGCUCCGCACUAAGCACAUCAACAGUAUCACAGAUAUAAAAGCUGUUAUUGGCGAGGUUAACUCUUCAAAGCCAAUAGGAUUCAAGCAAUGGUAUCAGUAUUUGCAACGAACCGAACCAACGCAGUCCGCAUUCAAUGCAACGAUCGAUGGAAGAAACAUCUGGGUUUUGGUGCAGUACAUGGCGCAGGAGUGGAUUAAAAACAUAUCUAAGGGCAAGAAGCCAGCACAAGCAUCGCGUUUCAGCAACUGGCUUCUCUACAUCCUCUUCAAUAUUCCCGACAAACUGACGGCCGAGUACAUCAGCAAUCUGCGCAGUCUGGGCAAAAAAUGCAGGCGAGCUAUUAGGGAGAGCCAAGAGGGCAGAGGGACACAAUCUUUGGACAGGAAGACGCCAUCGAUCAAAGCGAUAUGUCCCCGCGAGCUAACGGAGUUGGACGUUCCUUCACCGCCUGAGGAUCUCGAUGUUGUUCAGUUGGCACUAUCCGUUAUAGCUGUGAUCUACGGGCAGAGAGACCUAAUCGAGUGGGCAAUUGAAGAUGAUCAGCUUUGA